AUGACACCAGGACAUAAGCCAACACCGACGGCUUGUGCAAACAAUUAUAUUGUCGAACCUACAUCUUCAUCAUAUGAAGCUGGUGAUUCAAUUCUAGUUACAGUACGAGGUUUAACUAUCAAUGAUAAAUUCCAAGGAGUUCUUAUGAUGGCAUUUGACGUUGACUCUAAAUUGAUCGGAACAUGGAGUCCUAUUAACGAUACCGUGAAAACAGGUGUUUGUGGAAAUGGGAAGGAAAGUAUAACGCAUACAAAUAAGAGUGAUAAAGACAGUAUCAGUGCUAUGUGGCAUUCACCAAAUAUAACAGCUGGUGUAGUUCUGAUCAAAGCAACAGUCGCAGAAACAUAUGAAAUAUUUUAUGUUGGAUGUUUCAAUGCCACCAUUAGUCCAAAAACGAUCAAUAAUGAAACCACAGGGACUGGUUCGACAGCAUCUCGUACUAGUCCCAAUACUCCAGUAACAACCGUCUCACCAUCGAGUGAUGUUGGUAUCAGUUUGACAUGGAAUUAUUUAAAUGGUAUGACAAACGUUCGUAUGGUAGUUAAUAAUUUAAAAAUUCGACAAUGGGUUGCUUUUGGCUUGUCAACAGACACUCAAAUGGUAAAUACAAUACAUUACUCUAGUUCUAUUUCGCUACCUAGUGUUGUUCUUUCUAAGGGUGACGAUCAUGUCUUUACAUGCCAACACUUAGCAGAUAAUAGCGCUGUAGUGCAAAGAUUAACUAAUCCUGGUGGACAUAUGAGGCCGAUCGCUGCUACCCCAGGAAGUGGUGGUACAUUUACACCAAAAGUAUCGAAAGUGGAGGAUGGUUCGGUAGUGUGCGAGUUUACAUUAUCGAAUUUUGAUGUAGUAAAAACACGCUCGAUUAGACAAACGAAAAUAUCAUCCUUAUCACAAACGGAGCAAUAUCGUCUGCUUAUUGCAAUUGGUUUACUCGAUAGUUCAAAUAUACUGCAAAGACACAGUGUUAGACGAGCAGAAGAUAAACAAGUUGCACUUAAUCGCCAAGAGCAAAUUAUUUAUAAUGUAAAUACACAAUCUGAUGAUGGUUUUAGAGAAAAAUUAAUGAAAGCUCAUGGAUGUAUAAUGAUUUUUACAUGGAUAUUAAUUGUUUCAACGGGAUUUUUAAUUGCACGAUAUUUUAAAAAGACUUGGAUGAAUCGAAAACUAUGUGGAGAAGCGGUGUGGUUUAGCAUACAUCGAGCGUUAAUGUCUGGUGCUUCCCUAUUAACAAUUGUAGCAUUUAUAUUUAUAUUAGUCCAUCAACAAGGGUCAUGGACGAAAAAAACUGCAACAACAGAAUAUGCACAUUCAAUAAUUGGUAUACUCGUUGUCAGUUUUGCAAUUAUUCAACCAUUUAUGGCCCUAUUUCGUUGUCAUCACGACGAUCGUUAUCGUUUUAUAUAUAAUUAUUUACACGCAUUCGUUGGAAUUAGUGCGUUCUUCUUAUCAAUAUCAGCAAUAUUUCUAGCCGUAUUCUUUUCAAGAUUCAAUCUCAAAGCAAAUGGCUCAUGGGGAAUAAUGAUUGUUUGGACUUGCUGGGUUACAUUUAUAUUGGUCGCAUUUGAAUGCAUUGAAUAUUACUUUAAGAAGAAUGGUGGCGAUAAACGAAGUAAAAAACAUGAGACAUUCCAGUUGGAUGGUACUACGCAUGCAGAUAAAACAGCGACAACAUCAGGAAGAAUCAACGUAGAUUCAAAUCCAUCAAAAAACAAACUAAAAGUUUUGCUUCUGAUUUUACAUGUAGUAAUAGCUUUUGCGCUAUCAUUAGCGCUUGUUAUUAUCAUUAGUGCACAGUAA